CCCCUCUAUUCUCCCCACAACACAACCACCAUCUUUCUGCUUCCUUGAUAACAGCUCUCUCAUUCUCACACAAUUCCCAUUUAUCUCUCUGCUUAAUUUCAAACAAAACAAACACCAUGCCUGAAGCUCCGAAAAAAUCACCAAACAUAGCACCCUCAGACUUCAACCUCUCUGAGAGAAACACAAAGGCUCUUCAGUUCAUUGAAGAUGUCACCUCUGAACCUGAUCAAAUUCAGAAACAAGUCCUCUCUGAGAUCCUCUCCCGCAAUGCCCAUGUCGAAUACCUUGAGCGCCACGGCCUAGAUGGUAAGACAGACAGGCUCACUUUCAAGAAAAUCAUCCCUGUCAUCAAAUACGAAGAUUUGCAACCUGAUAUCAACCGUAUUGCCAAUGGUGAUAAGUCCCCCAUCCUUUCCUCUCACCCGAUCUCCGAAUUCUUAACAAGUUCGGGGACAUCAGGCGGUGAAAGAAAGCUGAUGCCGACAAUCGAAGAGGACUUGGAGAGGAGAUCGUUGCUGUACAGUCUGUUGAUGCCUGUGAUGAACCAGUUUGUGCCUGGUUUAGACAAGGGAAAAGGAAUGUAUUUCCUGUUUGUCAAAUCAGAAGCCAAAACUCCUGGUGGCCUUUUCGCACGUCCUGUUCUAACAAGUUACUACAAGAGUUCCCAUUUCAAAAACAGGCCUGAUGAUCCCUACACCAACUACACUAGCCCCAAUGAAACCAUUCUCUGCUCUGAUUCUUACCAGAGCAUGUAUUCCCAAAUGCUCUGUGGCUUGUGUCUGCAUGAUGAAGUCCUUCGUGUCGGAGCUGUUUUCGCUUCAGGUUUCAUCAGGGCCAUCCGGUUUCUUGAAAAACACUGGUCUGUUCUCUGUAACGAUAUCAGGACCGGGACUCUUAACCCUGAAAUCACUGACCCUUCUGUGAGAGAAGCGGUGCUGAAAAUUCUCAAGCCAGACCCUGAACUAGCCAAUUUCAUCGAAACUGAGUGCAGCAAAAAAUCUUGGCAAGGCAUCUUGACUAGGUUGUGGCCUAAUACAAAGUAUGUUGAUGUUAUUGUGACAGGGACCAUGUCACAGUAUAUACCGACUCUUGAUUACUAUAGUAAUGGUCUCCCUCUUGUUUGCACCAUGUAUGCUUCUUCUGAGUCCUAUUUUGGGGUCAAUCUUAAUCCUCUUUGUAAGCCAAGUGAAGUCAGCUAUACACUGAUUCCAACCAUGGCUUACUUUGAAUUCUUGCCUGUUCAUCGAAACAAUGUGGUCACAAGCUCCAUUAGUGUGCCUGAUUCACUCAAUGAGAAAGAACAGCAAGAAUUGGUUGAUUUGGCUGAUGUCAAACUGGGCCAAGAAUAUGAGCUUGUUCUCACCACCUAUGCAGGGCUUUAUAGGUACAGAGUUGGAGAUGUGCUGAAAGUUGCUGGAUUCAAGAACAAGGCCCCUCAAUUCAACUUCAUUUGCCGGAAAAAUGUUGUUCUAAGCAUUGAAUCCGACAAAACUGAUGAAGUUGAGCUACAAAAUGCUGUGAAAAAUGCUGUGACUCAUUUGCUACCGUUUGAUGCAACUCUGAUCGAGUACACGAGCUAUGCAGACACGACAACAAUCCCGGGGCACUAUGUUCUAUUCUGGGAGCUCAAUGUGAAUGGAACCACUCCAGUCCCUCCAUCAGUGUUUGAGGAUUGUUGCUUUGCUAUGGAAGAGGCGCUCAACAGUGUGUACCGUCAGGGUCGUGUGUCGGAUAAGUCCAUUGGACCGCUGGAAAUCAAGAUUGUGGAGUCAGGAACAUUUGACAAGCUUAUGGAUUAUGCCAUUAGCCUUGGUGCUUCAAUUAACCAGUACAAGACUCCGCGCUGUGUCAAAUUUGCACCCAUUGUUGAGCUGCUCAACUCAAGGGUUGUGUCAACCUACUUCAGUCCCAAAUGCCCCAAGUGGGUUCCGGGGCAUAAGCAGUGGAUGGACAUCAACUCUAGUUGAAAUCAUCAUGAUUUGCAGCUCUGUGUCUAUCCUUAGUUCAAUCGGACAUCAGAAAAGUUAGCGUUUUGCGAUCAUUUUAGGUAUAAAGAAGCGGUCUUUAGAAAUUUGCCUUUCGAGUUCUAUGUUCUGUUUCAUCAGCUUCUGGUUUAUCUUUAGCUUUUGUUGAUGAACUUCUAAAUUAGCCAUUUAUAAAAGACCAUUUCUUCUCAGUUAUAAA